CUCUGGCCGCCGCGCCGGGGCACAGGGCGCGGCCUGCCCGCCCCGCCCGGAGCUCAAGGUCGCAGAAGGUGCCAGCCAGAGCCGCCUGGCCCCGAGCCCGCAGCCAGCGCCGCCCAUCGCUCCCUGGGCGCCGCCUCAGAGGCUUAAAUAGCGGCUCCCGCCGCCGCGCCGGCCAGCACGAGCCGGGCGCGCUGCCCCUGCCCCGCCACCGCCUCCUCAGGUCUGCAGCAGUUUUCUUUCUCUCUGAACACUAUCAGGAGACGAUAUAUUUCUCCUUUGCAUGAAGAGACGUUUUUGUAAUGUGUGCAGUUGCUGUUUCCAGACCUGGUGGGGAAGGAAAUAAUGGACAUCAUAGGAAGUUUUUUUUCCUUUUUGUUUUUGGAGUUGCAUUGCUAUGCACUGGAUUUCUGCUUUCAGUCUUUAUUUUACAGACUUGCCCAUCUGGAACCUUCAGUGAUUGCAACAGGGCCCUUAAGAUUGCUGGGCCUGUGGUUGUUGUUGUUGGAUUAGUUUGUGUCUUAUUGGCACAAUCAAGAGCUAGGCUGUACCUAAGUCAGAGACAGAUGCAAGGUGAGCAGGUGUACAGCCUCAUUUUUUGUCAAGGGAACUGUCAGGUUGCCCAGUUUCUUAUCUUUGGGUUUUUGUUUUUAACUAGUGGAGUGCUAAUUAGUUUCCUGGGCAUUUGGGUUCCUGGAUGUAGCCCAGGAAGGCACAGCCUACAGUAUAAUCAAACCAGCACUUCUGAUGUUGAACUCUCAGGCUGUGGAUUUCUGCCUCUUCAAAUCAUGGGUCCUUUGAUUGUGCUUAUUGGAUUAAGUUUCUUCGUAAUAGCUCAUAUUAAAAAGAAAACCAAUUUAAAUCUCAGCCAAGAAUCCUCUGAAAAUGGAGAACAGCCUCAGAGUCCAGAAUCAUUUCAAGUUACAGCAGGUGAUGCUGUAAUGACAUUCCCACCCCUCCCACCACCUUAUUUUGCUGACUCUCUAUCACCACAUGUAACUCAUAAGCCACUUGCCACAGAGCUGCCUAUGAGUGAAAAUCCUCCCUCGUACGACAGUAUUGUAAAUAAUGGGGCACAACUUGAACACGUUCAAGGAAUGGUUUCCGUUAGAGAGUACGAACCGCCGUAUGCAAUUCCUGGGAGCAGUUCAUCUUCAGACAUCUUACCUACUCUGCAUCUUUCAUCUGAAUUACCGCCAAGAUAUGAAGAAAAAGAAGCAACAGUAAAUACUGAAUAUUCCUCUGGCUCCUCCAUGGCUUAGCCUCUUCUGAGCCUUCCACACAAAGAACUGUGAACUAAAGUUCAUUUUUCUAUGGAAUUGUACACUUCAAUUUUAAUGUUUUAAAUUUAUUUUUAUAAUAAAAAUUGUAAUGGUUGCAUCUAUAA